AUGGGUACAAGUUGUCGUACUCUGGUAGUGAGAGGAGUAGGUAUCUUAGUGAACGAGGAGCUUAGAGGGCAGGUAGUGAAGGUUAAAAAGGUUAGUGAUAGGGUGAUGACUAUCAAGUUGAUCCUUGAGGGGUCUUCUCUAAACAUCUGUUGUGCGUAUGUGCCACAGGCAGGCCUGGACGAGGAGGAGAAGAAGAGAUUUUGGGAGGUUUUGUACGAGGUGGUAAGAGGUGUGCCUAGUUUAGAAAUGAUUUUCAUAGGAGGGGAUUUUAGUGGGCACAUCGGGUUCGGGGAUAGAAAUGUUGAGGGAGAUCCUCUUUUAGAUUUUGCGAGGGCCUUUGGGUUAGUGGUAGUGAAUUCCAGCUUUUUGAAGAAGGAGGAGCAUCUGUUUACUUUUUGUAGUAGGAUAGCCAAGACUCAUAUUAACUUUUUGCUGCUUAGGAAGAGGGAUAGAGAAAUAUGUAAGGAUUAUAAGGGGAGUUGGAGCAUACCGGAGAGUGUCGCAAUUUUGGCUAUUGUUAGCAUUUUAAAGUUGAGAAGGUCAGGGAGGCUAUUCGCAAGAUGUGAAGGGGCAGGGCGAAGGGGCCUAACCAGAUUCUGGUGGAUUUUUGGAAGUUUUCUAGCGGAGCAGGGUUGA